AUGUGCAUUAUCGGGGAAGACAAUAACCUUUCAGACGCCAAAUAUUCUCUCCAUCUCAUACAUCAAGAGCGAACUAUGGGAGAACUGACCCCCGACUCCUUCCCAAACAUAAAUGACAAAUAUAAUGGUAAAGCUUUUUACAAAUGGAUGAUGAGCAAAGAAUACAGAGAAUAUUUCCAUAUUUCCAAAUUCAAUGUUAGCUGCAGUGCUAAUGGUCAGCUUGUCAGCUAUAAUCCUAGUGAUCCCGAUUAUAUUGAUCAAAGCAACCCAACCAACAAUCCUGAAGAAGUUAUCAAUGUUGAAUGCAAUCCUUAUAGAUAUACAAAAAAUUAUAUUACAUAUACAGAAGAAGGUAUAUUUUUUUUUUCACCAUCUGAUAUUUAUAUCGAAUAUCCAUUAAAUGGGAUAUGGUGGAAUAGAAAUAGAAAAAACACAUGUUUAAAUGUCUUUGACUCUAGGCAUAGCCAAUUAGCUCGAUCUGAAUGA